AGGCGAACCCCGGAAGCCGUGUCGUUACUGGUGACUGUCAGCCCGUUGUUAAAGCGAUGUUGCUGCUACUGCGGAUACGGCUGCUAUGGGGCUAGAGUUAAACACCAGCGAAGUGUCAAAAUGUACUGAGAGGGAGUCCCCAGCAACAGAAUUUAGAAAUAUUAAGGUGUCAGCGUACAUGCCUGUCUACAUGUAGUUCAUCCUGAGUGCUGGUCCAGGAGAUACACACCACAGCAUGCUGUUGUGAAGUUGAAACGUAUUAGCAUGCAGUCUUCAAACCACCGACUACGAGAUAUGGAGCAGCACCACCCGCUGCUGUCGGCAGGUGCAGAUGUCGAGACGGGGAGCCUGGCAGCCGGUGUGAUGGUUGGGGGUCCGCACACGGGCCAUACAGGAGGGAACCGCACACUGUGGUUCAUUCAGGACAGCUGUGGUAUGGUGUGUGCAACCAUGACCUGGUUCCUGGUGCUAUAUGCAGAAUUUGUGGUGAAUUUUGUCAUGCUUCUGCCCGCCAAGAACUUCUGGUACUCACUGCUAAACGGGGCCACCUUCAACUCACUGGCUGUUCUUGCAUUGGCCUCACACCUGCGCACCAUGUUGACUGACCCGGGUGCAGUUCCUAAGGGCAAUGCAACUAAGGAAUAUAUGGAGAGCUUGCAGCUGAAGCCUGGUGAGGUCAUCUACAAGUGCCCUAAGUGCUGCAGCAUCAAGCCUGAGAGGGCACACCACUGCAGUAUUUGUAAACGAUGCAUCCGGAAGAUGGAUCACCAUUGUCCUUGGGUCAAUAACUGUGUUGGAGAAAAGAAUCAGAGAUUCUUUGUUCUUUUCACUAUGUACAUAGCCUUGAUUUCUGCCCAUGCACUGGGCCUCAGUGGUAUGCACUUCUUCACCUGUAUUAAAGUCCAGUGGAACGAGUGCAGCGACUUUUCUCCAGGGGUGUCUGUGCUGCUGCUGAUUUUCCUCUGUCUCGAAGCCAUCCUCUUCCUCACUUUCACAGCUGUAAUGUUCGGUACGCAGAUCCACUCUAUCUGCAAUGACGAGACGGAGAUUGAACGUCUUAAAAAUGAGAAGCCAACAUGGGAACGUCGCAUGAGAUGGGACGGAAUGAAAGCUGUAUUUGGAGGUCCACCUUCUCUGCUGUGGUGCAAUCCGUUCACAGGCCUGCGUCUGCGGCGUUUGAUGCUGUUGACCCAUGGUCGACGUGCUGGGUCUGAGUUUUCUGUCUGAGAAGCAGGGCAGACUGAUGCAGCUGACCAAGACUUGACCAUGCUGAAAGCAAGAUAUCUUGGCUGCGGCUAAGAUGGACCUCUUUUCUCUGAGGCUACCUUUCUUGAGUGGGUGACACAGAGACAUGCUACUGCAGUGGGACCCCAGUGCAUCACAACCACCACUGAAAGUUUGUAUUGUCACUAUCACAUGCUGAUGUAGACCCAACAUUUUUGGUGUUGUUCUGCACGAGUAUGCUGAACAACUAAAAUAUUUUUUUGACAUGAGCAGCUUUUUGUUUUGUGUUUUUACAUAAAGCAUGCAGUAUGUAACUCAAAUGAGUCUUUUAUUCCUGACCAUAUGAGGUGCUGUUGGAAGUCAACUCAUGCAUCUUUAUUAGUUUCUUUUCUUUGCUGCAGAUAAGAGAUUCAAGAAUUGUCUUUGAUUUUUUUUUUUUUUUUUUGAGGGAGGAUCAACAACAUAUCUUUUAUCAUCACUGGACCCAGACAAGUGGAUCGAAAUGGGAAAUGCUUGAAACUCUUUUAUUGGACCCAGACAAGGAAAUCACAGUAAAGGACAUGCACACAUGACACUUGAAAAGAGCCUGGAUAUGGGGACAGUGAACAUCAGAGAUUGAACUGUGCUGUCUCAAUUUGCAUGUAUAACAGCUCAAUCAGUCAGCAUCUCAGCCUGGAAAUGUGGCUUUCAUCAUCUUCAAACUAAUGAACAGGCUACUGUGAACACAAGCCUCAUUCUUAUUCAAGAAGACAGAAUGGCAUUUCCUAUCCAUUCUUCUCCUUUAUCAUGUUUUUUCCUUCCUUGGGCUGAAAUGGUUGAUUGUGUAGGUUACUCAGGCCAGUAGAAAUUCCUGUUCCUUAUUUUAAAUAACUGCUGAAGCAACUGAGCUGUGACCACUCCUCAACAGCUGACUGUAUCGACUCACUAGAGAUGAGUGCUGUUAUUCGGAGUCUUUAUUUGGACAAAAAAAGAAAAACGACAUUUUUGUAGUAAUUGUAUGUGUUCAUUAAUUUGCCAUUCCGCCACUCGUACGUGCUGCUCAACAUCACUAAAACAGUCAGUGACUGCCAGACCACUGAUACGCCUCCUUGUGUUUUCAUAACAAAGUGGUUCAGAUCAGAGACUGAAUGUUACCAAGUCAGAAUUGUUUUACUCAUACAACGUUUUUCUCAAUAUGGAAAACUGGAGCCUACUUCUGUGUGUAGUAGGAACCUAUAUAUAAGAACAGUUGGAUAAGACAUAAUAGCAUUUAAACCAUGACAACACUCUUACAAACUCUCCAGGCAGAGCCAAGUCUCAGACGUGGUCACUUUGCAUGCUACUUGGCCACCAUGUGGUGCAGCAUUUUGAAAAGGAGGACUAGAAACACUCGCACAACCUCCUUUGGCUCAUUGUGAGUGCAUUUGAAUCUGCAGAGCCAAGCUCCAUUGUGAAGUCAGCCUUUAGAUUUACAAAGGAAAUGCUUUGCUGAAAAAGGCUGAGGUACCAGGCUCAUUAUACAAGCUUUAAUAGUGAACAAAGUCUCGGGGAGCUCCGCAGAUGCUUGCCAGGCCUUUUCCUACUUUCCACUCCAGAGAGGCCUGUAACAUUGAGGUGCAAGGAUAGUAGCAGACACUUUCCCAGGUGUUACUAGAACACUUAUCCAUGCCUUUGAAAACGUUCAGUCAAGGGAAUUCAUCAGCUUGAAAGAUAUUGUGAUUUUUGCCAUAUUUAUGAAAGUGUCCAUUUUGUGACAGCUUGUCUCCUAAUUUUAUUCUGCAUAGUUAAUGAGCCUGUAUCACUGGAUGAAUGUGGCUUUCUGAAUUUACAAUUCAGGAUUUAGAGUCGAAUCCUGAUUACAGGCUGGUAUUGUUAAAGUAUUAUCAAAUCUAGACUUUCAAAGUCUGUUUUUCUUGCUUGUUAAACAGUAUACUGCUGUCUGUUCUCAUCUGUGGUUGUCAGAAGGAACUCUAUCGCCACUGUUUACACUAAAUGAUGACAUCUGAUGCUCUAUGGCUGUAAUGUUUUAAGGAAUAUGCUGUCAUUAGAAUGUAAAAUUUAUCUAUUUUGGGACUAAGGGUCAAGGUACUGAAAGCUAAAAGAUAUCAGGGGAAUUUAUUAAUGCUAGCAUCUCAUUUUUUAUUUUAUUCUGCUAGUCUGCCUAACCUCAGCAACAAUUUUCUGGUUAAAUAUCGACAGAAUAUCACUUUCCUAUCCAAACAUUGUCAUACUUUCUCCAUAUUCAGCACAGUCCAUUCAGCAUCCACUGUCUUAACAUGCUCAGUGAAAAUGAGUGAAGUUAAGCCAAACAAAGGUCAUUUGCACAUGUAAAAAUGAAAGAGUUUGUAGAAAACAGUGGGAAAAAUCAGUCGCUUUAGUUUUGCAGGUGCACAAGUAUGUUCCUAAUUAAGCAACAGCUUUUAUUAAAAUAGUUGCAGGUAUGAGAGGCAAAAUUACAUCCAAAGCUAGUGAACUGCCAAGACCGCAAUAAACACAAAAUGUCAUUAGAGUACAAGCAAAUAUACAGAGCAAGACAUGAAGUAACAGGACUAAUACACUGUACACUAUUAGUUAUAUUUAUAUUAGGUAGAAAAACAUCAGAUCUAAUUACAGGUUGACAGAUACCGCCGUGCUGACUGGAUAUUUAUAUCUCAUAUUGACAGGGAGAGUUUGGACAAACUUGUUUGAUGGAACCAAGUGUUUGACAGUAAGAUAGUCCUGUUCCAUGACCAAACACAGAUGCAGUGAUUUUAAUGUAUUAAAAUAAGCUUCUGUUACAGGAUGUAUAGUUUUACAUUCGUGCUCAGUAAUAGAAUGGACGAAUGAUAAUUUUUGGAUGGAUUAUUCUUGUCUCUACAUUCUGCUGUACGAGUUAAAGAGCUACAAUUACUGUGGAGAGAUGUUAAAAUGUUGAACGAUGUGCAAAAUUGUGUAAACCAACACUAUUCUGUUAAAUCUUUUACUUCACACUAGUUGACGGUGAAACUGGAUUUAUGCAGAAAAUAAAGGAUAAAGAGCGUUUUGUGACGUAUAGUGAUGAUUCUUAACAGAAUGGAUGUUUGAUCACAGAUUUACCAUUAACAUGACCAUAAACAGUUGAGAAAGAUUUCAUUUCCUACUCUCCCGAGAGAAUGUUUCUUCAAGAACAAAACGUACUUCAGCUUUAUAAACAAAAGUAUAAAGGUUACUAUUAACAGUAUAUAAAUGGAAUGUUUUAUUCGAGUUUUUUUUUUAUUGUCAUAAUCUUAAAAUGUCAUAUCGUCAAUGUCAUCCUUUUACAUAAUAAACUUGAUUAAAUUAAA